AGAUAUCGACUACUUCUAUCGUAGGUUAGUUGCACAUUGUGUCUUCGCCCAAAAAGUUCGAAAGUAUAGCGAGCAAAAGUUACGCAAUGUUUGGUGGGCUUUUCUACCAACUGUUUUUGACGACCCUUAGUCAUCCUGAGCUGCCUUGUGACAACAACCCAAAGCUCAGGGGCUGCAAAAACCCUUAUUUCAACCAAUUACAACUGGCCCAACAGUGGCCAGUGACAGAAUGCUUGAUGUGGAAGAAGAUUCGCAAGACAAACAGUUGCAAUAUGCCAAAAAACACGAGCAUAUUCACUAUUCACGGUUUGUGGCCUUCAAAUACUCAUGGUGCCCACCCUGAAUAUUGUGAUAGUGAUCUGAAAUUUUCCCGAAGAAUAUUAGCUCCAAUAAUAAAUGAUAUGAAGGAGAGGUGGACAGAUAUCCAUGCCAAUAUAAAUGAAACUUCCUUUUGGAAUUACGAAUGGAAAAAGCACGGUACUUGCGCUCAAACCUUGGCUUCUUUGAAUGGGGUGUUCAAGUAUUUCAGGAAAGGUCUUCAACUCCAUCGUCAGUACGAUAUCUUUGCAGCCCUGAAGAAGCGGAACAUCAUACCUGGUGGAUCUUUUGAUUUGAAAGCCAUCUACGACGCAAUAUUCCACGAAUUUAGAGCACAUCCUAUCAUCACCCUCAAAUACAUUUCAAAGUUUGGCUAUUUCUUACACGAGAUAAGGCUAUGUUUUGAUAAAUCUUUGAGAAUUGAAAAUUGCACUAAGCCAAUGAAUGAUAAUCUAAAUGUCAAAUUCCCGAAAUAAUUACCACCAGGUAUAAUCAAGUAGACAUCGUUCUAGAAUUGAAAUCGUUUUUAGAGCAUUUUAAGAAUUUAUGUACGAGCAUUUGUUAAUUUGAAUAUAUGAAUUAUUUCAUGAA